AUGGCUGCCCUUAAUACUUCAUUUGUUGCUCCUGAAGGUCAUGAAGUUAAACAAUACCUUCGCAAAGCUGUUAUGACUUCUGUUUCUAUUGAAGAAUUUGAGGUCUACUUUAAAACCCACCGUAUCUGCCUCCGUGUCAGCCAUCCUAUCUUAAACCUUGAACAAGAUCUUGGUUUUGGAAACAAUUCUUUGACGGCUGUCGAUGAUUUAAUUGAAGGUCUUAACCCUCUUAUUUAUAUUGAAUGGAACCGCAAUCGUUUAAAUGAUCUUACCAAUGCUUCUCAAAUCUGA